ACAGUAUCAACCCAAGCCAGUCUCGACGUCCACUCCGCGCGGUCCGCCGGUUUCCCACCAACUAAUUUUAAUCCUAUAUUUAUUUAUUAUUUAUACUAAAACACGCGUGUGUGUGAUUUGUUUACAAAACGCCAUAUUAGUUUUUACUACUUUUUUUUUUUGUAAGGGAAACGACGAAGGACUUGCCGCGUUCGGAAUUCUAUAUUCAAAUUGUGCGUUUCGGAUACUUUGGUGAUAAAUUGUUCGGCAAUUUAGAAAGGAAUAAACGAGGGCUCUUCUUUGAAAGAGCCAAAAACGCAACCGAAACGAAACCACAAACGAACGACGCGUAAGCGAUAGACCGCGGACGAUCGAGGCAUCCCGAAUAAUACGAGUCGGUGACGUCACAGCAUGGCGUCGACCGACACAUCGACCUCCAGCCAGAUAUCUCACGCCGCGACUGAAGAGCACAAGCGCAUUGUCGACGAAGCUUUCCUCAACAAACUGAAAGGCCUCGUCGAACGGUUGAGGCUUGAUAACGCGACCUUGAAGAAGUCACUCGACAUCGAGCGGAGCGAAGUUAGAGCGCUUAAGGCCCGACACGAGAGCACUAUCAGAAACCUAAAGACUGAAUCCAAGAAGAAAGAAGAACAAUUAGAAAAACAGCUCAGAACAGUCGUUAUACCAGAGAGAGUUGAAGAACCAUUAGGGAAUAAUAAGAUGGUGGAACUCAAGAGGCUAACGACAGAGAUUCAGUCUUUGAAAGCAGCGAACAAGGGUCUUCAAGAAAAACUCAAGGUCGCGCAGGCGGCGGAGUGCGCCCGCGCGGCGGAGUUGCGCGCGCAGGUCGCCAAGCACAACGCGCUGGAGCAGGCCGCGCGCCGAGAUGCGCGUGCGCAGUGCCACAAACUGCUGGAGGAAAUCAAAUCGAAGGAGCGGGUGAUCAUACAGCUGAAGAGGGAGGCGGCGCGGGCGGCGUCGCAUGAACAGGCGCAAAGGAUGGAGUGCGGCACCACAGACUUUUGCAGAAAGCGUGGUGACCAGGCAAAAGAAAAGAGCAAUCGAGAAGAUUUGAAAACAGAUAUUCAACAUCGGAAAGAAACUUCUUACAGGGAGGUCCCGUCGGACGGAGACUCGGCGGUGUCCUCCGCGCCCGCGUCCCUCUCCCCUCAGCCGCUCAACGAUAUGUGGUCGUGCGGGCAGUGCCGGAGCGCGGCGGAGCGGGCGGCGGCGGCGGCGCGCGAGUGCACGCGGCUCGCGGACGCGCUGCGCGACGCGCGCGACCAGCUCGAGCUCAUGGAGUUCCGGCUGCUCGAACUGGAGGACGCAGCGCCUGAUAAGGGUGCUAGGGACAACCUAACAGACUCGGAUUCGGGCUGCGUGUCCCCAGGAUCCCGUAUAAAAGACUCCGCCUCUCCAGAACUCAAACGAAUGGACUCCGGAUACAAAUCCCCGCACAUGCCGAGCAGUCCCAACCCUCGGAGGCAUCUCACAACACCACACGAUGACUUCAAGGAAGACUUCGCCAAAGCCCAAGUCCUCGCGGACAUCUUGGAUAGGAACUCGGAAACUGGUGACUCCUUGAAAAGCAAUCCGGUGAAAGACCAUCUAGAACAGAUGAUCUUGAACGCGGCUUCGGCGGAGGACAGGGGUUGCUUGGAACAGGUUUUGAUGAUGCUGUAUAACUUCCAAGCGUUGAGCAGUUCUGUUAGUGAAGAUGAAUGCUAUCAGACAAAACCUAGAAGAAUAAGUGAUCUGAGACUAAAAUCCGAUAUCGACAUUCCCUCGCACAAAACCCACAAAGCAAUCGCGACUGUUACACCAUACCAACAGAAAGGCUACAAGUCGGAAUCUCUGGAAAGCCUUUGCGAAGAACGGAAACCAAAUAACAUAUUGCAAGAAAGUGGCAUCUUUGAAGGCGUAGAAACCGAGUGUAAAAGCACUCAGACAGAUAUCAAUGACAACUUCGAAUAUUCUGGUGAACUGAACACCGAAAUACAACGACUGAAUAGUAUAAGGGAAAAGUUAGAGAAACAAGGUGUUAGAAAUAGGACGCUAAGUAAGGAGGACGGGGAUAGCCUGGAGUGCAAGUGUGUGAAGCUGGGCAAGAAACACAAACAGUAUUACGAGAGGAGGCUUAAGUUUUUGGAGGGAAAAAUUUCAAUAUACGAAGCGGCGCAAGAUGUCAAGGAGGCGAAGUUAGCGCAGAGGUUGCAAAAGGAAUUUCUGCUCGAAAACAAAAUACAAGAACUCGAAUCGCAGCUGUUGGACCUUCAAGAUAAAUACGAGAGGCUCGAAGAGGAGUGUUGUGAAUUGGAAGAAAUAGAAAAUGAUACUCGCUUGCAUUGGCAACAGCUUGAAAUGGACUAUGAGCUCUGUUCAGCGCAACUAAGAGACAUGACGGAGCAGAGGGAAUGUUCGCGAGCGCAGGCCGAGCGUCUGAUGGCUGAACUCACUAAGAGAGAGUGCACACUUAAAGCGAGAGAGAAUGAACUACUAUCAAGGUUGGAAGGUUUAGAAAAAGCAGUACCUGCCCUUAUAGCGUGGAAUGUUUUGCAAGCUGUAGGAGCUACUAUUUCAACUGGUGGUCAGUAUGCCCUAAUGAGCCGUAUGGGUCCCUUGAGUACAGACACGAAGGAAGCAAUUAGUCAAUUGAAACGCGACAAGCAGGAAGAAUGCGGUGCAAUAGCCGUCUUCAACGACAUGAAGACUUUGGCUUCGCCGGCCACGCAGGAGCUGCAACGUCAAAUUACUAUGUUAAUAAAAGAUAAGAAAGAAAUAGAAAAACAAACGGAGCAGUUAAAGAGAACGUUAGAAAAGAAAAUUAAAGAUUUAGAAGAAGAGCUGGAAACUACAAGAAGACAAAUUGCGGCUGCAGUCUGCGGGGCAGAAUACAAGAAGGAGAAAUUAGAACAGAAGAUCGUGAAUUUAGAAGAUGAGAUCGAGAAGGAAAAAGACGAUGAAAAGCUCCCACCAGAUCCGCUUACAGCCAGCAAAAUCCAAGCACUCCUGCACAGCGAACAGGAACUCAAGAACAGAAUAGCGGAGUUAGAGAGGAGAGAGACCGCGUAUUUGGAGAUGCUGACGCAAGCUGAUGACAUGUGGGCGGAAAUGGAAGGCGGGUACAAGAAGAAGAUCGCAGAAUCUGUGGCCACUGAGACGCAGUUGAAGGGCAAGGUGAAGAAGUUGGAAGCAGAAAGAGACCAGUGGAAGAACUGCUUCGAACCUUUAAAGAAGAAGCUAAGAGAAGUUGAAGAAUCUGAAUCGGGUAUGAGGAUAGCUUUAGAGAAGGCGGAAAGAGAUACAAAGGCGCUCAAGAGCCAGAACACCAAUUUAGUUGCCAUGUUCGGAAAGGCUGAUGCUGAUGCUAAGAAAGCUGAGACUACUGUUAAAGCGCUUGAAAAUAAGUUUAAGAGGGAAAUCGACCAGCUGCGCAAAAUGAACAAACAGUUGGACGAAGAUCUGAAGAGCCAUAGGGAGCUAUCUAAAAAGACUGAAGUGAGCUUUAUGGGUGACCUCGACUGUAUACGCAAAGAACUGACGAGAGCGUGCAAGAACAACCAAGAACUAGAGGUCACUAACAGCGAACUUAAGGAGGAGGUUGAAUCUCUGGAAAAGCAGCUAGCGUUGACGCAAAAGGCUUUAAGCCAAUGCAAAAGGAAAUGUGACGAUAAGCUAAAAACUAUGAGCCAUGAGUUAUCAAUAAAAACAGAGGAGUUAGAGGAAUUGAGAAGUGAAACGAUGAGGCAAUCCUUCCACGCGUCGCGAAUGGAUUUAAAGCCCGACAGAACGGAAUACGUCGACGAAGGAUACUCAAUUUACACUGCCGUACCAAAGAAAACAGAUUACGGGAGAAUGCACCAUAGUAUGAGCUACAUAACGUCGGAAUCGCGUUGUUCUUGUCCAUCGAUGAGGAGCCAACUAGUCAGCCAACUGAUCGAGGAUCUGUUCGACCGAAUCCACAACACAGUAGACGAAGAUUUGACAAGACUGUGCAAAGAAAUCGCGCUUGUUAACGGCAAAGUUACAGCUGAAGCGAAAGCGAAAAUCACAAAUUACCUCUUAAUGGCUAUAUCUAAGGAGCUCAUUAGAUCUAUAGGGGAUGCUGAUGCAAAGACUGACAGUGAGGAAUGGCAGCGCGCGGUGUCCUCAAUGACCUUCGCGCCAGCGUACGCAUGCGCGGAAUCUGUGGCCCUGUCGGGUAACGCGGGGGUGGUGCGCGGCGCGGCGCGUCUCGCGAGCGUGAGCUGCGCGUGCGCCGCCGCGCGCCUGUGCGCCGCCUCGCCUGAACUAGCUGAUACUGUCAAGAUCUGUCAGGAAGAAGUGUUAGAACACGGGGAUGUGAAAAUCAUGGAAGAGCAGUUGGCGAAUGCGAUCGAAAGUAUUGUUAAUUGUCCAUCUUGUGCGUUGGGUACAAAUGCGAUAGUUUGGAGCACGGACGUCUAGUGCCGUCUAAGGUGCGGUUUAUUUUACCUCCACCGACCUCUAUCUGGUGCCUUCAUUAGCGUAGCGAGUUUAACCGACCUGUAUAUGUAUAUACAUUGUAUUAUACUAAGAAUAGGUAUCAUAAUAAAAAUAAUACCUAAUAAGAUAAACGUAAGCGAACCCCACAUAUCGAACAAAAUAGUACCUUCAUUUCGACUAAGAAACGACUAAACAUUUUAUUUUUUUUAAUUUAUAAUUUCCGUGCCAAUUGUGUUUUGUCUGUGUAAAUAACUUUUAGUCGCGACGAAGAAUUACUUUUUUUUCUAAUAGGUACUAAAAUUUUGACUUGCAAUCCAAGGUUUGUAAUUUGUAUGAACAUUUGUAUUGUAUUGAUUGAAGAAAAAUAAUGUUAUUAAUUUUAAAAAUAUUGAUUUCAUCAGUUGAAUUAAAUGAAUAUUUAAUUUUA